AUGAGCUUUGAUCAAACUGGCAGGCAUUCUCGCAGUAGAUCUCCCCGUUCUCCAUACGAUUUUACCUCCUAUCCUCUCAAGAUAGGUAUUCCCUUAGAGCAUGCAAGCCAAAUCAGCGACCCUGAGCUCAUCAAUCGCAUUCGCAGCGAUACCAAGGUUGACAUCAGCUUUAUGGACAAAGUUCCCGGCUUUGACGAAGCAUUGGUUUCUAUUGAAUCAAAUUCAGUAUCUUCAAAAAUCAAUGCAAUGAGCAUGGUGAUUUUUACUUACCCUAUUUUUUAAAAAAAUUUUAUAUAAGGAAAAUUGAUUUAUUUACAAAUAUAAAAAAAAAUAAAAAUAUAAUGGAAAUUAGAUAAUUGACGAACUGGCAGGAUUAAAAGACUAUUCAGAAUUCACCACCACCAUUUUAAUCCCUGACGCUGCAGUUUCUUCAAUCAUCGGCAGAAGUGGUCAACAAAUCCAAGCAAUUCAAAGACAAUCUGAUGCAAAUGUAUCGGUCAUCGAUAAAGCGUCAAGCUUGAAAGAUAGAAUUAUCAAAAUAAAAGGAAGACCUAACAAUAUUAAAGACGCUGCUGAAAAGAUAUAUAGAAUUGUCAUGGAAAGGAAAAUAAGCUCGCCAAGAAGAGAAAGAAAGCCUCCAAGUCCUGUCAAAAGAGUGAAUUUUAUAUAGAUUGAAGGGCCGAGCCUUAAUUUUCUUUUACCAUCAGAUAUUGCGAGCUCUAUUGUGAGAAGAGCUAGAAGCGAUUUUAAUCUAGAAGCCUUCACUGGCAAAGAAGUGGGAAAUUCAGAAACUAUAGCUGUAAGUAAAAUUUAUGCUGAAAACUAACUUUAGACGGUAAAAGGCGCCCCAGCUGAUAUAGAAGAUGCGAUUUUUGAGUUUAUCUUGGGGCUGAGAGAGUUAAAUGACGCGUUCAAGCUUGUAGUUGAUACAGAAAGCUCACUAGGCUCGACAUGUAAAGUUUACUUAAUCCCCAUUAAUUUUUCUAUAAACUAGCAAAAUAGCUAAAUUUUUUUAAUUAAAUUUAUAUAUAAAAAAUUUUUCUUUCCAAAUUUAAAUUUGUAAAUAUUUGAAAUCAAAAAUCUAUAUUAUUGCUCAUGCGUCGAAUUAUUAUUUUUAAAAAAACUUCAAUUAAAAAUUUACCCUAGGGUUAAUUUUCGGAUUUUCUUAAUAAUUUUGCUCUCUCUAGCGAAGGGGGAGCUAGCCUUUAUUAAUGAUCUGUCAGAUAAAUUCACAACUGCGACUAUUAGAAUUGAAAGAGCUGGAGAUAAAAAAAUUAUCAUUAUAAGUGGGUCUAACUCUCCUAUGAUAGGCUUUAUUAUAUUUAACAGUAACCUUUAUUAGUUUCCAAAAAUUGCAUAUAAUAAUUUUCCACAUUUUUGAAAUAUUCCAGCAUUUUAUAUAAUAAAAUCUCAAAACUAAUAUGUAAAUUUUUAUUAAUAAAAAUAAAUAUUACCUAUAUUAGUUUAGAGGAGUAAGAGAACUAAAGAAGACAUUAUUCGGACUUUUAUAGUCAAAUUAGAGAGCAAAAGGCAUAGAACCCCUGAUCGAAGAUCGCCUAGAAGCUCUCAUGGAAGAGGUGAAUCUCCAAGAAGAAAAUACCAAUCAUCCAUCAAUGUAACCAUUCCUGAUAUGCUUGUUGCAAGAUUAAUCGGAAAAGGAGGAGAAAACGUCAAAAGUAUCAUGAAUAAAACAGGGUGCAAUAUUUCCUUCCAGAAACCAGAAACUAGUGAUGUAAAAACGCCUGAUGGAGUUCCUGCUAGAAUUUGCACGUUUAAAGGGACACCUUCAUCAAUUGCAGAUGGGGUAAAAAUAUUGCUUGACCAAGUUAUUUCUUUAGCUCGGCAAUAA